CUGCGGGCUGGACAGUUCAUACCUUCUGGAACUCGCAUCUCGUUCACGACGUCGUGCUUCGCCGAUAUCCAGAUCCAUGACAGGCACGACCCGAGUAAGUUCAUCAACGCGACGGUGCUUCUUCUAGUGUCAGCGCAGCCCACCGGAUCGCCACUAAACCUGUGCGCAUUCGAGCUGCUACGCAUUGGCAUGGUCCCGAGCCAGCCUGUGCUACUAGAUGGAAUUCAACCAGAAAUGUCGCAUCCGCCAACAUUGG